CGGACUUCCGGUCCCAGGGUCCCCGCCUGCAGUUCAAACUGGAAAAUGGCGGGGGCUUCUGAGUCAGUGGCUGUCGCCCCUUCGCAGGACCAAGAGCUAGUGGCCGGGACAGACAGCCAGACCGCAGUCCCAGCCAACCCCCGAGAGGACUUCCGAGUGCGUUGCACUUCGAAGAGAGCUGUGACGGAACUGGUAGAACUGUGCAGCCGUUUCGUGCAAAAGCUCGGAGACGCGCUGCCAGAGGAGAUUCGGGAGCUCGCGCUGCGAGAUGCGCAGUGGACCUUUGAAUCAGCUGUGCAAGAGAAUGUCAGCAUUAAUGGGCAAGCAUGGCAGGAAGCUUCAGAUAAUUGUUUUAUGGAUUCUGACAUCAAAGUACUUGAAGAUCAGUUUGAUGAAGUCAUAGUAGAUAUAGCAACAAAACGUAAGCAGUAUCCCAGAAAGAUCCUUGAAUGUGUCAUCAAAACCUUAAAGGCACAACAUGAAGCUCUGAAACAGUACCAACCUGUUGUACCUCCAUUGGAUCUAAAAUAUGACCCUGAUUCAGAUUCUCGCAUGGAAAGUCUGAAAUGCAGAGGGGAAACCAUAGCUAAGGUGAUCAGUGAAGCCGUCAAGGCUUUGCCUGCAUUGAUUGAACAAGGAGAUGGAUUUUCCCAAGUUUUGAAGAUGCAACCUAUCAUUCAGCUCCAGAGGAUCCACCAAGAAAUCUUUUCCAGUUGUAGAAAACCAGAUGCUAAACCCGAGAGCUUUAUAACACAAAUAGAAACCACACCAAUGGAGACUGCUCCCAGGAAAACCUCUGAUAUGGUACUGAAAAGAAAGCGAACUAAAGACUGCCCCCAGAGAAAAUGGUAUCCACUGCGGCCAAAGAGAAUUAAUCUGGAUUCAUAAGCUCUUUUGUUUGAGACUAUAGGUGCUGUCAGUGUUUAGAUUACCAUCUACUACUUAGACAGGACUUUAUUUAACCAACAAAUAAUUCUUACUAGUGAGUCAUUGAUACAAACAUAGUAAGUCUGUGCUGGGAUAUGAUAUAAUAUUGUGUUUCUUAUCAUUUCAUUUCAUGUAUACUAGGUGAAAAGUGUUUUUAGGUUGGGUUUUAUUUUUGUUGGUGGUGGUUUUUGGGGGGCUUUGUUUUGUUUUGUUUGAAGUUGGCACAAAUCACAUCAGUGGACAUUAAGAGUGCAGAUUUUUUACUUUCCUUAAAUGCCAUCAACUCUUGGCUGCCUUGCUGCUUUUGAGGAAUUGUAUAAGUAAUGUAUUCUAUUGAUUUCCUUGAUGUAUAUCUUUCCUUAAAACAAGAGAGGGAGGCUGUGUGAUGAUUCAUUCAGUGCUGAAAACAAAUCAGUUCUAUACAGGAGCAGAUGCAUUUUUUUAUAUGUAGGAUUUUAUUUGUUUGGGGUGCUGGGGUUGGGACCCAAGGCCUUGUGCAUGCCACACCUGUGCUCUACCUCUCAGCUAGAGUUGCAUAUCAACUUAAUGUGCAAAUGACAAUACUGGCUUUGAAUUUGUUAUUCUGAAAUCAGUUAAUUUGUAUUUGUGGGAUUAAUUUUAGGCUUUUUUUGGGUUUGCUUCAAAAGACAAAGAUGGCUGUUAUUUGUGCAAGAAUUAUUAUUCAGAAUGAACAUUGGCAAGUAGCCAGUGUUUCUGGCCUAUAAUUUUAUUUUUCAUGAAUAUUUAACAUAAUUUGACUUGGAAACUAAUAAUUUUUUUCUUAGG